CCUCUGCCAAGGCCCUCGCCCGCCCUGCCUGGGGGAGCGGCAGGGAGGACAGAGGCUCCGGGGCUGGCAGACGGCAGCACGGUGAGCAUGUCCCGGACCCCAGCCCAGCCCGCACCCCACAGCCCAGAGCAAAGCCUGCUGGGCAGCUGACCUGCGGAAUGCCAAGGCCGCCGCUCUGUGCUCACCUCAUCCGACCCAGAUGAUUUACAAGGAUGUUUCCUGCUCUGAAACUGUGUCUUAGAUUCUAGAUUUGCAUGGGACAUGUGAGAAGUCUGGCCAGGACAUGGGAGUCUGAAAUGCGAAUGGCUGUGGACCCGGCUCUCUGCUCAGCCUAACCUCAUCUCCGCUCAAGGCUUGGGAGUGACCCCCUGUCCCCCCUGACGUGCCUGGCUUUGCACCUACGCCUCUGUCCCCCACAUACGCACGCACCCAAGAGGACUCUUCUUCUCUAGCAUAUCUGGGCAGGGCAUCAGGGCUCAGGAGGAGCCAGGAGUCAGGCCCCUCAUCCCAGACCCAGAGGCCGCCAUGGCGGCCUGUGAUUUUGUGACCGAUGCCAACAUCUCGCCCGGCCUUGAGAGCAACGCCACGGGCAUCACGGCCUUCUCCAUGCCCGGCUGGCAGCUGGCGCUGUGGGCCACGGCCUACCUGGCCCUGGUGUUGGUGGCCGUGACGGGCAAUGCCACGGUCAUCUGGAUCAUCCUGGCCCACCAGAGGAUGCGCACGGUCACCAAUUAUUUCAUUGUCAACCUGGCCCUGGCUGACCUCUGCAUGGCCGCCUUCAAUGCCGUCUUCAAUUUCGUCUACGCCAGCCACAACAUCUGGUACUUCGGUCGUGCCUUCUGCCACUUCCAGAACCUCUUCCCCAUCACGGCCAUGUUCGUCAGCAUCUACUCCAUGACCGCCAUAGCCGCUGACAGGUACGUGGCCAUCGUCCACCCCUUCCAGCCGCGGCUCUCAGCCCGCGGCACCAGAGCGGUUAUUGCAGGCAUCUGGCUGCUGGCCCUGGCCCUCGCCUUCCCCCAGUGCUUCUACUCCACCAUCACCACGGACCAGGGCGCCACCAAGUGUGCGGUGGUCUGGCCCGAAGACAAUGGCGGCAAGAUGCUCCUUUUGUACCACCUCGUGGUGAUCGCCCUCAUCUACGUGCUGCCUCUCGUGGUGAUGCUCUUCGCCUACAGUGUCAUCGGCCUCACGCUCUGGAGACGCGAGGUCCCCAGGCACCAGACGCACGGCGCCAGCCUGCGCCACCUGCAGGCCAAGAAGAAGUUUGUGAAGACCAUGGUGCUGGUGGUGGUGACCUUUGCCGUCUGCUGGCUGCCCUACCACUUCUACUUCAUCCUGGGCAGCUUCCAGGAGGACAUCUACUACCACAAGUUCAUCCAGCAGGUCUACCUGGCGCUCUUCUGGCUGGCCAUGAGCUCCACCAUGUACAAUCCCAUCAUCUACUGCUGCCUCAACCACAGGUUUCGCUCCGGAUUCCGGCUUGCUUUCCGUUGCUGCCCAUGGGUCACGGCGACUGAGGAGGAUAAGAUCCAGCUGACUCACACUCCAUCCCUCUCCGUGAAGGUCAACAGGUGUCACACUAAAGAGACUUUUUUCAUGGCUGGGGACACAGCCCCCUCCGAGGCUACCAACGGGCCGGCCGGGGGCCCCCAAGACGGGCUGCCUACUGAACCCUGAAGCCUUGUGCCCGGCUGCUGGGUCAGGCUUCGCACCCUUUUGAGAAACAGCCAGUUGAGAGUUCCAGAUCUGAAAGUCUGACCCACGCCCCAGCCUUCAGCACAUCCGUGGAAAGACAAGAUGGGGGCAGGAACUCUGCAGUGGGUGCUAACUCUUGAGAGGGCCCAGUCGCCCCUGACCGUGCUUCACGGCAGCCAGGAAGAGUCAAAGAAGACCGUGUGAGCGAACGCUGGUCUGAUUCAGGUGCCGCACGCCCCGAAGUCUUCCUGGAGCACACAACUUAAUGAGUGAACUGGAUCCGGUAUAAAAGAAACACGGCAACUGUGAUAAAAGGCAACCGACUUCCGGCGUUGGGGUAACAGGGAGUUCCGGGUACCGUGGCAGCUGGAGGGCCAAGGGGACAGCGGCCGAUCAGCUCCGGACAAAUGUCGCCGUGUGGUACUGGGGGCCCACGGUUGCCAGAUCUUCUAAAUCUCUCGAGACACGCCAGAAAUCCAAACUUGUGCGGCUUCCAGACUUGUAUGUACAGUUUGGCUCACGUUUUUAUAAAUAUUGGUUAAACCAAACUGAACACCCGUGGGCAGCACCCACUGAUUUAUGAUCAGGCUACGGACACAGGGAGGAAGCUUCUUAUUUUGCAAAGGCUGUGAGUGGAUCCGACCGGGGGCUUCUCUGCUUCGGCAUCUGAACGCAGAUCCAGCUCAGUGGAGGUGGUGGUUGGGUCAAAAGGAGCCUCAGCUGCGUUGCCUCAGACCGGUCACCAUGAACUAGCAUGCCAAACACAUGUUAAGCGCUUCAUAAACAGUCACCGUGAUUUUUAUCAACACCAAGCCGGCGAUUUCACACGAAUGCCUCCAGGAAGUGGGCACCAGCCUUCACCCUCGCUCCAGCAACAAGAAGGUGACGGGCAGAGAACGCCGACCGUCUCGACUCCCAGAGAGCUCCGGGCCCGGCCCAGUCCACCCCAAGGACAUCCUUCUCCCCGCUUGCCGACUCACCCUGCACACCCCCCACCCCUCCGGAAGAACCACAUAACGCUGUAAAUGCACAGCAAGAGAGUUUAAUGCUGUGUUGCCCACAAAGAUCACGGUGCCAUAGGGACUGGCAGCACCAAAUAAAGGGACUCCGCUCUUGACAUGCCAAGGGAACAUGCAGUUAGUCCUGGAGGAAGCCACGUAGGGCUGGAGUCGUGGCUUGGGAGAAUCACGUGGCACCUCGAUCACCAGGUGCGGACCGAUGUGGGAUCUGUUGAUGAGCCGUGGGGGUAGAACAGCAACCUCAAGGUUGAGGUCGGGUAGGGAUGGAAGGGUCAGAGGAGGAUCAGCUUCCUGGAGAAGGGAUUCAUUAAAAGUGGGAGAGGAGGACAACGCGGGCAACCUGCUAGCCCGGGCCUGCUGCGAGACUUCAUCUGCGCUGGAACAGGGGGCCUACGUCGUCUGUUCUCUUGGCAGAGGGUGACCAAGGGCGGGGUCUCCCUGGGGAUGGCAGUAGGGAGACCAGAGUUGCACUGUCCUCUCAUUAAAGCCAAACAGCCUCUGGAAGGCCCUGGGGGA